UUUUCUAGCAAAUUUACUCUCACUCGCCACACACAGGCAGUCAAUACAUUGGCUAUGAGUAUGCACGGAGCAUUUCUCCUUACUGGAGUCGUAUGGAGCCUUGUAUCUGGUGAAAUGAUUCAAGAAAUAUUUGCACCAGCAGCAGGUUAUAUCAGCGCUAUUAUUUGGAUGGAUAUUGACGACCAUGGGGAAUCCACCUUUGCGUUUGGAGCUUCAGAUGGCAACAUCCAAGUAUAUGAAAGAUCCAAUGAU